CACAACUGAAGGUUCAAUGCAUGUUGCAUGGAAAUCUUUGUAGAAAAUAUUGUGCGUAAUGUCUGUGCCACUCUUGGCACCAAACGGAAUUGGAAUCGGUUUGUUUGAGUGGACUGGCAUAACAACACUGGCUCAACCAAUUGUCGGAUGAAUGUGGUUCGAGGCACCAGUGUACGCAUGGAUACAGAACAUCCUAUCAGAGCAAAUGGACAAAUAAAUAACAAAAGAAAGGAAAAGACGGGUAUACGAAAACAUGUCAUCUGAGCAGGUUCAGGGUGGGUUGGUUUACAAGGAAAAGACAAAGGGAGUCUUAACGGCACUGUGUCCUCACAGCGGUCUCUACCGCUGCAACAUGGCCCCUUCCUCCCGCAGCAGCACACAUGAGGCCGAUUAUUACGGAAUAAAAGACAGAAAGAUGAGGAAACCAUUGGUGGAGAGAAAGAGACGAGCGCGCAUUAAUGAAAGUUUACAGGAACUGAGGCUACUGCUAGACGACUCGGAUGCGCAGGUAAAAAUGGAAAAUGCCGAGGUGCUGGAAAUGACUGUGAAACGCGUGGAAAGUAUUCUGCAAAACAAAGCUAAGGAUGGUGACAGCGUGAACCGCGAAGCGAACGAGCGAUUCGCCGCGGGCUACAUCCAGUGCAUGCACCAAGUUCACACGUUCGUGUCCAGCUGCCCAGAAAUCGACGCGACGAUAGCCGCCGACCUACUCAACCAUCUCCUGGAAUGCAUGCCUUUGAACAACGAGGAUCGCUUCCAGUAUAUUCUGUCAGACCUGAUGUCGGACUGCAGCACUUGGUCGAGCGAGGGAAUGUACGCUGCGUUCUCUCCCGAAGACAGGAGCGUGGUCAGCAGCGGCUCUUCUGCUUUGUCCCCGUCACCCUCCGCCACCUCCAGCGAUGACCUUUGCUCUGACCUUUGCUCUGACCUAGAUGACACGGACACAGAGCACAGCCAUAUCUCGGUGGAUGCCACGGAUCACCGGCCAAACGUGCCAACUGCGUUCCACUCCAAGUCCAUGUGGAGACCAUGGUAGACUGAAACACCAGGGAUGCCCUUCCUAUAGAUCUCGCCUACUUUUCUGUAGAGUUCAGUUGCAACUUUAAGGAACAUUUAGAACUAUUAAAGUCUGCAUUAAGGUAGAUCUGCAUCAUCUAUAGUAGGAUUAGGACAGCUGCAACUUGAUAUAGCUGUAAUUCAAAGUGCACAACAGACGUAGCAAUGCCAUUGAGAAAUCACCUGUAGAUAUCCCCCAAUAAGCUCUUUCAUGGUGCAACAAUAUGCCAGCAAAACAUUUUAAAUGAUAGCAUUUUUUUUAUUUAAUUGUUUUGUAUAAGAUAAAUUAAGUUAAAACAACACUGUAAGGAAAAAUAAUAUUUCUAGGGAAUGCUUUCCCCACUUCUUGUUCUGUAGGUUUUAGAAUGUAAAUAUUUGAAUGUCGUGGCUGUAGAUGUAUAGAUCUCUGACAUUUAAAAGUGUGAUCAUUGUUUAACGUGAUAAAAGAGUUUGCACAUUUAAAUGUCAGGUAUAAAAUGUAAUGGCAUUUGAUGUAUUGUGAUAGACCCCCCCCCCAUAAAGUCCCUUCAUCAAAACAUCACUUUGCCCAUCUCUGAUUUCGAUUCAUUUUUGAUGAGUUUCAGAUAUUGUUUAUCUUUGAUCCAUAUCACGUGGAUCACAGAUAAACAAAUAGUUUUAGGGCCGGUGUUUUCACAGAACUGACAAGUAUGACCAGAUGUUAUUCGGUUUUAUGCAGCAGUAUUACUUUGAUUAAAAAGUAAAAAACUGCUUGUUUUAUCGCACCUCUUAUGUGUUUUAAAGUGUGAAUGGCUGCUUUGGCUUUGACUUGUCAAGCUUAACACCUCUGAACCAGUGGGGUCAGAAUGACUGUUGCAUUUUACCAUCGUGCUGUAGAUGUCGUCUACUGCAGACCAGUAUGUUUAUUAAAUAAAUGGUCAGAAAGCUUCUUACAUUUAACGGGGAUCCCAUAUUUAUUUAUAAAAAAAAUAAUAAUAAAAAUGAAAUAUACAUAAAAUAUUUUUUUAUCAAUUGACUCAAUAAAUGUAAGAAUAACUGUAAUAACUAAGGCAGAAACUGUGGUUGCCACGAUCAUUUUUUGUAAGGGACUGCACAAAUAAUAGAACAAACUGUCAAAAUCAUCAAUGUCACAAGGUUUAGUCUGUUUCAAUAAAACUGG